AACAAACCAACCAAGCGUACGACGCGUCCAGAAACACAACAAAACCAUUUAAAAUAGUUCUCGUACUCAAACAUAUCUUUAUACUGCCUCUUGUGUACAGCCACAAAAGUGUACUACUAUACCGUGGUAUAAUGCGACAAUAGUUGAUUUACCCAUCACUGCCAACAAACUAACACACCAAUGGAAUACCUAACCGGUCUGUCGCAAAAGGAGAAUGUGCGCGCCGCUUGCAAAAAGUGUGGUUUCCCGGGACACCUUACGUACCAGUGCCGGAACUAUCUGACGGUUGAUCCACAAAGUCAUGCGGUAGUGCCGACCCAGCAGCGUCCCGGUAGUGAAUCGCCGGAACAAAACUAUCUUACCCCGCUGCAGGAACUUCGCAAGCAGGAAGAGGAAGAGGAGCAGCGUAAGGCAGAAAAGGCGGAACGCAAAGAACGCGCUCGGAGGGCGAAGGAGGCACGCAAGGAGCGAAAGAAGCGCAAACACCGGAAACGAUCCCGUUCACUGUCGUCGAGUUCGAGCUCGAGCAGUUCGGAUUCAAGUGAUACGGACAGUAGCAGCAGCAGCAGCAGUGAUGGCAAACAUAGAAAGAGAAGCAAAAAGCGGAGCAAGAAAAAGCUCACGAAAAAGCGUAAAAAGUCGAAAAAGGGUAAGCACAGCCAUACCAAGCGACGAAGCAGGUGCGGCCGAGGUAGCAGUUCCGAUAGCUAGAAAGGCAUUUUGGCCGUAAGGUAAAAACCCCCUUCUUAACGCAACUAGCCCGACUCAGACUGUAUAAGUUUACUCAAAACUCGUGUAUAUUGCACAUGGCUAAAUAAGAUGCUCUUGCAUGCAGACAGCGGAAUGUU